UGCUUUCAGUACUGCCUGUCAGGACAUCCAACCUUACCAUGCAAUGUACUCAAGUUCAAAUCCACCACCAUCAUGUUGGAUUGCGGACUGGAUAUGACGUCUACUCUCAAUUUCCUCCCAUUGCCGCUGGUUCAGAGCCCCAGGCUGUCCAAACUUCCUGGUUGGGUUUUGAAAGAUGGAAGCACAUUUCUCGACAAGGAACUAAAGGAAUGCUCUGGCCAUGUGUUUGUAGACUCUGUGCCUGAGUUCUGUUUACCAGAGACUGAGCUGCUUGACCUCUCCACGGUAGAUGUAAUCUUGAUCUCAAACUAUCACUGCAUGAUGGCAUUGCCCUAUAUCACAGAGUACACAGGAUUCACUGGAACAGUGUAUGCCACUGAGCCCACUGUUCAAAUCGGCAGACUUCUCAUGGAAGAACUGGUGAAUUCCAUUGAACGUGUGCCAAAGGCUCAGUCUGCCUCCAUGUGGAAGAACAAGGAGGUACAGAGAUUGCUGCCUGCCCCGCUGAAGGACGCAGUGGAGGUGUCUAUGUGGAGGAAGUGCUACACCAUGCCAGAAGUGAAUGCUGCACUCAGUAAGAUCCAGCUGGUGGGGUAUUCUCAGAAAAUUGAGCUGUUUGGUGCUGUGCAGGUCACCCCUCUCAGCUCAGGCUAUGCUCUUGGAAGUUCCAAUUGGAUUAUCCAGUCGCACUAUGAAAAGGUUUCCUACGUUUCAGGAUCUUCUCUGCUUACAACGCACCCUCAGCCCAUGGACCAAGCUUCUCUUAAAAAUAGUGAUGUUCUCAUCCUGACGGGUCUUACACAAAUCCCUACUGCUAACCCAGAUGGAAUGGUAGGAGAGUUCUGCAGCAACUUGGCUAUGACUGUCCGGAAUGGAGGAAAUGUGCUGGUUCCUUGUUACCCCUCUGGAGUAAUAUACGAUCUGCUAGAGUGCCUGUAUCAGUAUAUUGACUCUGCUGGACUCUCCAAUGUCCCUUUUUAUUUCAUCUCACCUGUUGCCAACAGCUCCCUUGAGUUCUCCCAGAUCUUUGCUGAAUGGUAG